GCCCUCACCUUUGACCCCUCGGCGUUUGCCGGCACGCUCUACUGCCCCGACCCGUUCAUAGUCUGCAACACGGCGCAGUGCUCGCCGGCGUGCGGGGCCAACGCUGUCUGCACCGGCGGCUCGUGCGAGUGCUUGGACGGCUACGUCAAGGCGUCGAGUGGCGAGUGCAACCCUGUCUGCCCGAACGCGUGCUCGGGCAACGGCGCGUGCGACACGGGCCGCGCGACCUGUACGUGCAACAGCGGCUUCACGGGCCCGAGCUGCAACACCACGGGCGGUGCCGCCACGACCACGAAGGGCAACCAUGCGCACGCCGUCGCCCUCCAUGGGCUCGUGGCCAUCAUCGCUAUCGUCCUCCUCCACGUGUAG